AAAAUCAGCCAAGCAUGUCAAACGUCGUGGAUCUGGGAUUCUUCGAUGCCAUCCAGGCUUCAAUGGAGGCGGAAACAACUGCCAAGGACAAUAUCCGCGCUGCCGUUCGAGAGCUUGACCGGACGAACAGAAACAUCACCGCAGUAUUGAACAGAGUCCAUUCUAGUCCCAUGGAACAAGUGCUCGCUUUAUGCGCCCAAGCCCGCAUCCAUUUUGGAGAAAUACAGGGACACAUCCAAGCAGUGGCCAAGAUUGUCCCCACCAACCAUUACUACAAAUACAAUAAUCUCUGGUCGGGCCCAAUGCAGCAGGCGUGCUUUCUCGCAACGUUGAUCAUAUAUCUGGAACAUGAGCGAUUGAUUACAGUCGAGGAACUGGAGGGAUUUUUCGCUGUUAAGGUCGAUCUUAACAACGACAUGACGGAAUUCCAGAUAUCGAUCGAGGAGUUUUUGCACGGCAUUGUGUCUUUGACCGGUGAGCUGUCGCGGUUGGCUGUGAACGCUGUGACGGCAGGAGAUUUCGCGCGUCCAGUACGCAUUGGCAAGUUUCUCAAGGAACUUUAUAGCGGUUUCCAGCUGCUAAACCUGAAGAAUGAUACGCUUCGCAAAAGAUUCGACGGUAUCAAGUAUGACAUCAAGAAAGUGGAGGAAAUCAUUUACGACUUGACAGUACGGAAGCUUGUCAUGGCCUCCACAGAGCCAGCGCAGGGAGUAGAUCAUGUUGGAACGGAACUGCGCGCAUAGGAUGUGCCGUUGGCCAGCGGCUGAGAGGAGGUAGCCACAACGCUUUAUGUCUCUCCAUCCAGCUUUUUCUCUGCAUUUGCUUUGUGGGCAAGGCGCACGAAUUUGGUGUGACGCCCAAGAGCAACAACUCUGUCUCUGGUGGUAAUCUCUACAUCCGUAAAGGCGAGAGAGCCCCCAAUUUUGAGACAACGAGAGUUCUAAGGAGCAGGACAGCAGAAAUCACUCUUAGGACGCGCAUAUACACCAACAUCAAACAAUAAACAACCUAGUAUCAUCUUACAAUGGAC